UGCCGGAAGCUAGAGCGGAUGUGAUGUAUUUACCACCAGAACGAAGAGGCAUGGUUUCACGGAGGUGACCUACAGUUUGAAACGGUAAUGUAACAAGGCUUGCGAAUCUUGCAAUAGCAUACUGUAUGUCAUUGGUGUGGCUGUUAUUUAGCUUUGCAACGUAGCCAAACCGUAUCUUCUAACAGUUAGAAUUCCGUUUGAAUACCCACGCUACUGAAAGCAACGUUUGAAAUGGCAGAGGAGCAUCAAGCUCGUGUACAGAAAACCAUAGAGGAUAUGGUUCAAAGUUUAGAACGGGACCACAUCCGCAAGAUGCAAGGACUCAUGUUCAAGUGCAGUGCAGAGUGCUGUGAGCGCUCCACAGACUCCAUGUCGCAGGUGCACACUUGUAUUGAACGCUGCCACGCUCCUCUGGCGCAGGCUCAAGGACUAGUGACCAAUGAACUAGAGAAAUUUCAGGACCGGCUGACCAGGUGCACCAUGCAUUGCAAUGACAAGGCCAGGGACCUGUUUGACUCUGGUGCCAAGGAGCCAGCCGUGCGGGCCAUGAUGGAGAACUGCGUGGGCAGCUGUGUGGACGACCACAUCAACCUGAUCCCCAGCAUGACGCACAGACUCAAAGAGAACCUGGACUCUAUUCCACAGUGAGGAGGAGGGAAUAGCUUACUUCAGAUGCAUGAGACAGGUUGGCCUCUAUACUACAGUGACGGUCAUCUGACUCAAAUAACACAGAGGAAGUAUAAACAGCAGACUCAAAGAUGGCUUGUUAUUAUCACAGUGUAAAAGAGGGAGUUAUAAAUGGCAGAUCCAAUACCUCAGUGAGGGAAAGGGACAGCUUGCAGGAAUGAGAUUUGGGUCCUGGUAAAAGGUUAAUACGAGUCCAUGCUGUCGGGGAGGGUGGGGGAUAUACCUCAGCUCAGAGUCAGAAGAAACUACACAUCCCCUGCAAAUGGACACUGUUUCUUUGUAGCACUUACUGUUUAUUGGUUGAACCUACAGACCAGACAGGCCAGCUGAACUUACUCAGCAGACCUGUGCCAUUACAGAACUGUCUAACAUAAAAAAAUACCGGUGUCUGUGAACUGUGUGUAAGGGUAUUUAUUACAUGUCCUGAUAGCCUAGCUGUUGUAUGAUUGUAGUCUUUAUUCUGCCUCAGUGCUCUAAAUAUUUGUAACCUGUUCCUCUCUCCUCUAGCAUGAUCUCUGUGCUGUUUGUUUUGUGGGAACCAUGCAUGUUCUGUGAUUCUUUCCCUCAUCACUAUAUCAGUUUUUAUAUAAAAAUGAAAGCAGAUGGUAAAAAAGGAUGGAAUUGCAUUUGUAUUGCCUUUUAGCCUGAAUUUUCCUUUAUCUAGCUGUGUCUUCUGGCAAUUCAUCAGAACUUUUUCACUAGAGUUGAACUUGAUAGUAAUGCACCACACACACCUUAUUAACAUCCAGCUUUUGAAAAUGCAGGUUUUAAUAAUGAUAAUCAUGGUGGAAUAAUCUCUGUAUAAUGUACAAAUGUAUGACACAGACACCAAUGGUAAAAAAAAAAUUGAUAGUAUAUCUGUGAGGCUUACAGCAUAUCAUGAAUGACUGCAAAGACAAGUAGCCUAGUGGUUAGAGCAUUGGGCCAGUAACUGAAAGGUUGGAGCAUUGAAUCCCCGAGCUGACGAGGUAAAAAUCUGUUGUUCUGCCCCUGAACAAGGCAGUUAACCCACUGUUCCUAGGCCGUCAUUGUAAAUAAGAAUUUGUUCUUAACUGACUUGCCUGGUUAAAAAGUAGACAAGUGUAAAGGUAAGCAUUCACUGUAGAUCAUUACAAUACUGCUAUGCCAAAAUAAAUAUAUUUGUCAAACACA